UUCUCACUUCUUUUCAUCAUCCUUCUUUUACCGGCGGCCAUGAAGAUCAUCAUCCCAACGCCGCCAUCAUCUUCCAAGAAAUCCCACGAAACAUACCUUAGAUUCCUCAAGCCAGGAGCUCUUGCGAAGCUUCGUGAUUCUCGAAUCAACGCCAGGUCCUCGUCUCACCGAAUUGAUUUCAAGCUCAUGAUCUCUUCGAUCGGAAUCCAAUCGCCGCCGCAUCGGAUCCCAAAUCUUCACGCGGAGGCCAAUGACGACGCUAAUUUCCUCUGCUUCACGGGAAGGAUCAACGGUCCCAGAUUUCCGCAGAGGAAGAAGCUAAUGGCGGCUAGAUCUUUCUUCUUUAUCAACAACUCCAGUCCGCCUACAGAUUCACCUGCCUCCGUUAUCAUCGAUGACGCCUUCAGUAAUGAUAUGCUUGCUGCACAUUGAAUUGAAUACAUAUUUUCUUAUUAUUAUAGAUCAUCGGAUACCCACCCUCUGUAAUUGCCUUCCUUUCUUGUCUAUUACAUUUUACCUAGGUCAAUAAAUUAAAUUUUGCAAUAAAACUACUAGUUUUUCCUGUUUAUUGAUCAAUCAAUUCCCAUUGUUA